AUGAAGAGUCUUUUCACCAGAAUUGACUCCCCUAAUCAUACAGCUGUCUCUUCUGCCCAGGUAUUAAAUUUAUUCAUUUAUUUUUAUUGUCAUUGCUAAUAAUUUUUUUUUCAAAUUGAUCCCUUGGAACCAUCUUUCACAGAUUCCGUAUUCUGUUUCUGUGAUUCCAUUUCGGGAUUCCGGAUUCUGUGUUUUAGUGCUGCCCUUUAAAAUUGGCUGUUUAGCAUAUGUACUUUUUCCUUCUGCGCAUGUGUUUGCUGUUCUCUGGAGAAUGAGACUUCCACUCUUAUCUAUUACAAUAGGGCUUUAGUUACAUUAUCCUUUAUUCAAGUAACCUUAAAAUCUUUUUCCAGGUUCAUGAGAAGGAAAAGGAUUUUGAAUCUUUGUUUGUACAUGUAUUCCACAGAAAUACUACCCUCCAGAUUUCGAUGCAUCUAAGAUCCCUAAGCUUGGACUUUCACGAGAUCGUCAGUAUGUGGUGCGACUCAUGGCCCCUUUUAACAUGAGGUUGGUUGUGAAAUUGAGGCAAUAGCUAGGUGAAGUAGAUGCCAAUGGAUAACUUUCACAAACUUCAAGUAUAAAGAUUAUUAUUAUUAUUAUUAUUAUAGUAGUUUCGAUCCUGCACCAAAGAUCUUACUCAUCUCAACAUCUAGCUCCUUGGACCAACCAACCCCCCCCCCCCCCCACAAAAAAAAACCCACACCAAAAAUCCCGACACCCAACCAAUAAUCGACCUACACUUUUAUAGGGCUCCCACGCGCUGACGAUUGACUUUUUGUGUUUCCUUUUUCUGCCUAAAUAGCUAGGUGAAGUAGAUGCCAAAGGAUAACUUUCACAAACUUCAAGUAUAAAGAUUAUUAUUAUUUUUAUUAUUAUAGUAGUUUCGCACCUGCACCAAAGAUCUUCCUCAUCCCAACAUCUAGCCCCUUGGACCAACCCCCCCCCCCCCCCCCCAAAAAAAAGCAAUGUCCAUGAUGAAGUUCAGCUGCAAGAUCUUGUAGCCUGGGUAAUGUUUGGUAAGCUCCCACUGCAGUGGUUGGUACUUCUCUUUCUUCUCAGAAUCGGCUUCCUCGCACGAUUGUCCUACCAUGGACAGCUCAUUUCCACAGCCAACACCCCAGAAUUGCAUUAUCCAUUGAUUCAGUUUUUAAUAAUUUCUAAUAUUUUUAGGUGUACCACCUGUGGAGAAUACAUAUAUAAAGGAAAGAAAUUCAAUGCUAGGAAGGUGGGUAGUAACAGGGUUAACGUCAUCCUCAUCAGUAUCAUCAUCAUCUUUCCACUGUCAUUGUGAUAUGCUGUAGACACCACACAGUUUUGUCGCAGGGUCUUAGUUCCCAUAUUUGCUCUUUCAAGUUUCUCUCCCUGGCCCCAGUACCUCAUGAUGAGAUUGUGUUGGGAUAGUUGAGGGAUCUACAGUGUACCUCAGUCUAUUACACUUUAGUAAAAUCCCACUAGUGGUCUAUUAUCAAUUCUGUGCUUUGAUUGGUUGAGCUGCUACCAGGCUAUAUGUUAUAGCCCACUCAUAAAGAAAAGCGCCGGCUUUGAAAACCAAGACAAUGGCAGCUGAAUUGCGUUUUGCUAACUUAAGUUGGUUUUUCUCGAUAUUUUUGACCGACUAGUUGGAUUUUACUAAAUCAAUUAUUCCUCUCGCCCUCAUGGUCUCUGAGUCAAUAGCUCAUUCGGGCUCUAGGAAUAAUUGAUAAGUAUUUUGAGCCUACAUAGUAUCCUCCAGAAGAAUGCCCCAAGGCGAUUAACAUAUACAGGUUGAUAAGUGCUUGAUCAUAUAAUUUAUGGUAUGUGUACAUUGGAAAGGAUUCUUAAGUGGAUGAAGGCACUCCUUUCUGACUCAAUGUUCUACUCUAGCAACCCCUGGCCCAGUGGCCCCUGGUGCCUAACUUUUGCUCUCAUACAACUAGAAAAUCCAAUUUCUGUCAACAACAAUAACAAUAAAACAACAAUAACACUGUUUGAUCUAAUCAUCACUGACUGUUAUCUUGGAAAAACUUUACCACUAUUUUGAUACCAGCUCUUUUAGUGCACCUGCUCGUUAAAAGCCUUCAGUAACCUUACAAACACACAAUUUGUUUCCUUUGAUUGGCUAAACUUAAUAAAUUCCUACAGUCACCAAGACGGUAUAAACCUUUAAAAUAAUUAAUUCCAGAUGGCCACUGUUGAAAUUGUAUACUUAUUGGACACCAAUAAAAUUUCAACUGCAUAAUUUUCAUACCUAUAAACAAUUAAUUAUCAGCAAUAACAUAGUAAACACACACACUGUAGUUGAGAUAUUAUACAAGAUUAUCUUGCUUCUUUUUAUUUAUCAAUUUGUUACCCCUACCCUGAAUGCUAUUAUUUUCUUUGUUUCAUAACAGGAAACUGUACAAAAUGAAACAUACCUUGGCCUUCUAAGAUUCAGAUUUUACAUCAGAUGCCCUAGAUGUGUAUCAGAGAUAACAUUCAAGGUAUAAUGAGAUAAAGCCUGCGCGGGUUACUUUCUUGGUGGCAGAGCCGCCAUGUGAAGCUGAGCAGGAUUUUUGACUUGUACCCUCUCUUCUUGUGGCUCUGCUGCAAAAACAAUACUGCACUUCUGCGCAAAUCCCGUCAGCUAUGCAAUCUAAAUGAGUUAGUGCAAAUCAUUCUACCUACCCAGCAGUUUCAUUCCCACCCAGCCUUCACAUAUGAUUCUAAGAGUUGUCUGAGCUGUGAGCUGCUUGUAAAAUUUUAGUUUUUUUCUUUGACAGAAUUACUAAAAAUUACUAGAUAUAAUAAAAAAUUCGUCCAGCUCUUCUUGGAGUGGAGGACAGUUUCUUGAAACUUGACUCUAACUUAUGGACCGGAGUCAGUGAACAAAAUUCUACCUUUACAUGUAUAUACUAGCCAUGCUUUUAAAUAGUGUACUGGUUUCCCCUCUGACAGUUAGGAUUCUUAACAUAGUUACAAUGCAUGUUUCAUUAUUGUGCUAUAAUACUGCCGAGGUUAAAUAAAGUAAAUAAAUUUCCUAUUGCAAAAAAACAAUCAAUAAUAACAGAGUGCGACUGAAGUGACAGCAUUUGAGAAAAAGAACACAACAACUUAACAAUAGACCUGGCAUGUGAUGCAUCAAUCAAGUUACCCUUCGUUGAUGUCAGCACAUUUUCUCCACAAUGUACUUCGUCAAUAUUUAUUUACUGUAGUGGUACUUAUGGUAAUGAAAAUAAGUUCAUGUAAGACAAACCUUUGAUGGUUGUUUCUUUCACUUGCUCCCUAAGAACCAUAAUAUCAAUUCAAAGAAACAUUAAUUGCCAACCAUUGUUAAGACUUCAUAGGUAAAUUUGAAGUAGUCUGUCUUCUUAUCCUGGGCUAAUGAUAAGUCUUCCCUUCAUAGACUGAUCCCGAGAACACUGAUUAUGUUUGUGAAAAUGGAGCAACAAGGAACUUUCAAGCACAGAAAUUAAUGGAAGAUGAAGAGAACAGAAAACAGAAAGAAGAAGAAGAGGAAGAACAAAAUAAUCCCAUGAAGGUACCGUAACAACAGCACUGUUCAAAGAAGAGCUGUAGCAGGGAACAGUUCCACAUAACUGCGACCAAGUUAGCUGUAUUACUGCAGUUUGCUCGACGUAUUCAUGUAACAUUAUUUUGCUUGUGAGAUACAUCUACGUAAACAAUAAAUUUCGAAUUGCACACCUUAAUACAAACAUGGCAUUUUGAUCAAAUCAGUUUAGUUGAUCUUAGUUAACUCCAGAGUUGCAUGUUAAGCCUGUUUUUUAUUUUUUAUUUUUUUAUUUUUUAGUGAUUUGUAUCUGGUAUUUAACAUAUUUUUUUACAGUGUCCCCCAUUAGCUUAUAGCUAAAUACGUAAACACUUAAAUAUUUAGUUUUCAUUCAUUCAUUUAUUCAGUAAGCUGUUUUCCAGGCGAAAUACUGCAAGGACUCCAAGCUUGUGCCUUUGCUUCCAUCACACAUGAAAACCAGCCUUAAAGUAGCUUUGAGUUCAAAGAAGCAGUUAGCUGGGAAUUAUUAAUAGUAAUAAUAAAAUGACAAGCAUUUUAACUAAACCAAGAUCAAGACAACAGAUUUAACUUAUUGCCUGGGACUUAUGUUCCUGUGAAUAAAAAAAUGAUUUAAACUGAGCAAACUCUGUUGUAACAAUAUUUUCUUCUUUGCUUUCGUCAAUUUAGGCUCUUGAAAAGAGGACAAAAGAAUCCAAACAGGAGAUGGAUAUUUUAGAGAAAUUAGAGGAACUGAGAGAUCUAAACACCAGACUGGCUAAUGGUUUGUAACCUCAAGGAGGCUUGGGUAGUCCUUAACCCUUUAAGCCCCGAUGUCCACUUACAAAUUCUCCUAACUGAUCUCCAUACAUUUCCUUUAAGAAUUAGUUGAGAGAAUUUGAUAAAAGAUCAAAGAUUUUUCUCUUUAAGAUCAUUUUAUUAAUUCUUGUAGACUUUGCUCUUGACAAUCUAUGGAUAUCGUUGGGAGAAAAUUGAUUUUGGACACUAUUGGGGCAUAAAGGGUUAAGGGUACAUCACUGGGGGAGAGAUGUCAGCUGAAAGUUAACCUGAGCAAGACUAAACUCUGAGAAAUGCCAAAAUGAUGAAAUGAUGACAACAGCCCCCCUCCCCCGAAAAAUCCUAAUCUUCGAGUUUUUCGUUGUAAGAAAAAGUGCUCUUCUUCAUCUCUGAUAUUUCCCUGCCUCAUCCCCGAUUGCUCCCCAAUUGCUCACGACCACUUUUGGGGGGACAUUUGAGUUAAUUAUGAAAGAAAGCAGGGGCAAAAGGAGCUGCCCGCCCUCUGCACUCAUUCUCGUCAUCCCCCUCUCACACUUCUCGCUUGACUUCCGCCUCACAUGGGAAGCCUGUGGAGGAGAGAGUAUAUUUCCUUUUUUGGGGGGGUGGGGGGAGGGGGGGUUGGAGUCCCCCUACACCCCCUAGAGAAAGCAGUGUCCCAUUAUAAAGUGCUAUUGACUACCUUUUAGUAUCUGAUCAUGUUUACUUAGUGGAGGAUGCUUUUUUAAGGCACAAAUCAAAAGGCGGAAGAUUGCUUUAGUUUAUGUCAGCAAUAUUCUAACCUAUAUAAAAGUGAACAUGAUCUUCACAGUAGAAUGAACAACCUAAACAGUCAAAAAAGAACCUGAAAAAUUCCAGGCUUGACUAGGCAUUGAACUCUGACCAAGCGCAACCCUCUAUCCAUGGAGCUAACACAACCAACUGUAGCCUGCAUACGCCUGCCACGCAGGCUAAACCAACUGGAGAACAAGCCAUUGUGAGUUCAUAAUAUACACGAUGGUGGAAAUGACAUGAAUUGAAAUAUAUGAAAUGAAUCAUGUUUUGAACUGCGGAUAGAGAUAUAACAAAUGUGAACAUGAUCUUCGCAGUACUAUGAACAGCCUAAGCCACUGAAAAGAAAAAAAACUGAAAAAAUUCAGGCUUGACCUAAAUUAACUAUAAAUUAACACACCAUGGCUGAAUAAUAAUGCAUAUUGAGAGAAAAGAUAUCUAUGUUAGUUUUUGAGGUCACUGCAUGGAGACCACAAAUCCAAACGUUAUAUUUUUUUUGUUGAUAGAAGACUGUCCCAGGUGGCUUGCAUUGUAUGAUAAGGGAUUUGAUGCCUGACAUAAUGUGCUGCUGAUUUUGGUUUGUUGUUGUAGUUGAUUAUGACACCCUUCUGGAGUUAAAUGCUAAAGCAGAAGAGGAACUGCGAGCCAGAGAAGCAGAAGAAGAUGAACAGGAAGUACAGUAAGCUCUCCCUUUGGAUUAUUUGUUAACAGUAUGCUUAUGUUGCAGUUCCUUUGACCAUGCUUAAUAAUGGUAAUUGAACUAAGUGGAGUGCAAUUUGGUCUGAAAUCAUACGCGUGAUUUCAAAAUCGAACGAGCGCGCAGCGCGAGUUUGAUUUGAAAUCACAAGUAUGAUUUCAGACCAAAAUUGCACGACACGAAGUUCAAUUACCACUUUAUUACAUCCAUUUUGAAAUCGCAGAAUUUAGUCAGUACUAAUAUUUUAUUGAUCGAGUAGCCGGUUUGUCAAAAAGCCAAAACAAAAAGGCUUUUACAUCUCAUUUUGUAUUCGAAACAGAAAUGAUGCAAUAUAUAGAACAAAAAUGGUGCGAUUUAAAACAGAAAUGAUGCGAUUUAGAACAUGAAUGACGCGAUUUGGAACAGAUGCGAUUUAGCGCAAAAAAUGGUGCGAUUUAGGAAUAAAUCACACUGCUGAGAACCAAUCAGAUUGCACGGAUAGCCAGUGAUUUCAAAGUGGAUGUAAUAAAGAUUAUAAUCAUUUGAUUUUGUGGUCUCAUUGGCUGGAUUGAAGGUGCUUUAAUUUUUAAACUGCCCAAUGCAUACUGACAAUGUAAUUGAUCAGCUAGCGGAGGCUCCGAUUUUAAUUUUAACUUUUUAUUACAGCAGUUAAAUACUAUACUUGAACUAUAUUUUACUUUCAAACAUACUGCUAAAGGACAGAUUUGCAAACAUACAUUAAUUAUGCAAACAACUGCAACAUACAUCUAUAUACCAUGUAUUCUCUUUUUAGGAGUGUUAUUUUUACUUAAUAUUAGGACAUAUUUUGGUGCCCAGAGGAUAGAGAAAAGAUUAAGUGACAGUAGUGAUAAUGAUGAAGAUGAAGGAGACAAACUAACAUCCCGAGUCAGUAAACCAACAAGAAGAAAAGCCACAGAUAUUCUGGCGGAGGUAAGCAUUGAAUCCAGGACUACUUUCAAAGAAUUCUACUAGGUAGUGGUUAGAGCAGGACUUGAGCAUGGCAUUUAAUUGUACUGCCCAGCCAUCCUGCCUCCCUAAUGCAAAAGAGGCUGUUUAAAAGAAGAGUAAAUCAACGUCCUGACCAUUAAAAUCUAAAGUUGGAACGUUUGUUAUUUUGUCAUUCGUUUUAGGAUGCAGACAGUCAACCAUCCCAGAAGAAACAAAAGACAUCAAGCAGCGUUAGUAUUGGAAAACUUCAAAACAAGACACAACUAGCAUCAUUAGUUAAAGUUAACAAGGACAAAAACAGUGGACAAAAGUCUGCUGUAAAAGCAGCUAUAAAAGCGGGCACUUCAUCAACUGGAUCAAAAGAAAAUUUAACAGAUUCAAAGAAGGAAGCUGGCAGUUCAAACAGCAAAUCAGAUCCCAGCUCAAGUGGACUAGGCUCAUUGGGCAUGCUGGGAGAUUAUAGCAGCAGUGAGGAUUCUGAUGAAUAG